AUGAACCGCAGGAUGUUUUCUGGUCAGGCUGCUCUCAAUUACAGCUUCAACGUGAGCGAUGACCGGGAAUGGGACGACAUGCCGACGGACACGGAGACUCUCUCCCCGGCCGGCUUUGUCGUGCUGUCCGUGGUCCUGGGCUUGAUCAUGACCUUUGGCUUUCUGAACAAUUUCGUUGUCCUGCUUCUGUUUUGCAAAUUCAAGACGCUGCGCACACCGGUCAACAUGCUGCUGCUGAACAUCAGUGUCAGUGACAUGCUGGUGUGCGUGUUCGGCACCACGCUCAGCUUUGCCUCCAGUAUCCGGGGGAAGUGGCUCCUGGGUCGCCUCGGCUGCAGCUGGUACGGUUUCAUCAAUUCCUGCUUUGGUAUUGUGUCACUGAUCUCUCUGGUGAUCCUCUCCUAUGACCGCUACAGCACUUUGACUGUAUACAACAAGCGUGGGCCGGACUACCGCAAGCCCCUGCUGGCUGUCGGGGGGUCCUGGCUGUAUUCUUUGAUCUGGACAGUCCCUCCCCUGCUGGGCUGGAGUAGCUAUGGCUUAGAGGGGGCAGGAACAAGCUGCUCUGUGUCCUGGAAGGUUCGGACGGCCCAGUCCCACUCCUACAUCAUCUGCCUCUUCAUUUUCUGCCUGGGUCUACCUAUCCUGGCCAUGGUCUACUGUUACAGCCGGCUGCUUUGGGCUGUCAAACAGGUGGGUAAGAUCCGUAAAACUGCAGCCCGGCGGAGAGAGUACCACAUACUGUUUAUGGUCCUGACCACAGUGGUCUGCUACCUGCUGUGCUGGAUGCCCUACGGCGUGGUGGCCAUGAUGGCGACAUUCGGUCCACCAAACAUCAUUAGCCCUGUGGCGAGUGUGGUACCUUCACUACUGGCCAAGAGCAGCACCGUCAUCAACCCACUCAUCUACAUUCUCAUGAACAAGCAGUUCUACAGGUGUUUCCUGAUUCUGUUCCACUGUAAUCAGAGGCUGCUGGAGAACGGCCACUCCUCAAUGCCCUCUAAGACCACAGUCAUCCAGCUGAACCGCAGAGUCUACACCAACACCGUGGCCUGCACCACCCAGAUCUCCACCGGCGUCAUCAACCAAUGCUGCAGCACUCCAGCCACUCAGCGCACCAAUCCUCCCGAGGUCAACUCCUGAGCAGGAGCAGCCUCAACACGACCGCACAGGAAAAAAAACAUGACCACAGACAUGAUGAAGUACACAUGGCUUUAUUUGUCACUCUGUAUUGCUCCACAAGGCGAUUUUUCGCAGUGUCUGACAAACUGGUGCUCCUUUUCUCCCUCAGUUGGUGACCGUGUGUACAAUAUUGAGGAAAAAUGUGAAAUUAAGCAUGGUGCAUUAAGCAAAGAUUAAUUUAUGUACUGUAUGUGUACGAUAGUGUUUGUAUGAAAAGCACAUUGUUCUCCAUUUGUGUGUGCGUCUUAAUUUUUUUUCUUGGCCUUGCAUCUUUAUAUUUGUUAAGUGUUUUUGCACUUACAAGGCACAAAAUGGUACAAAAUGCCUGUGAAAUACAUAUUAAUAUGUCUUAAUAUGUCUAUGUAUACAGAAGACAUGAUAUGCUUAUGUUUCAGUAUGCUUGAUCAAUUAUUUAUU